AUGAAGGCGGAAAAGAGAGGGGAAACACUUAUAGUAAAUGAAAGUAUCCUUUGUAUCAAACGGUAUUUUGAUUUACACGAUUCAACCGUUAUUUCGAUUAAUGAGCUGAUAAAAAUUAUCAUUCAAAAAAAUGAAAGCCCAAUAACAGGGUUUGACGAAACGGAAGAAUUUGAAGAUCUUGUGAAAAAUGAACUAACUUAUGCAUUUAUAAAAGAGUUCGAGGCAGUGAAAUUAACAUUGAUAGAAUUGAAAGCAUGCAUAAAUGAAAUGAAAAGGUUGAACGGAAUUAUUGAUGAAGCACAAUAUGAUAAGGCUAUUUCUUCCUCAGGGCGAUGUUCCAACAUACUGCUCUCACUGAGGAAUUUUUUUAAAAGCACCUUAACACAUUUCAGGCGGGAUUAUAUGCUGAAAAAAAAAUUACAUGAAGCCCUUAUUCAUGUGGAUAGUUCAUGCGAAAAUGAAAUUAAUAGAUUACAGUUGAUGUGGAAGGAAACCCCAUUUUUAUUUACAAUAUUGCAUAAGCACAAAGUUAACAAAUUAAUUAUGGAGUGCAAGCAAUUUUUGCAAAAACCAUAG